AUGUCUGCUGCUUCAAUCGUCUCGCGCUCCGUCCUACUCCGGCGGGCCGCCGUCAACCCUUUCCUCGCUCGCACCUUCUCUUCCGUUGCGUCUUCCUCUCACCGUUCUCACCCCCUCUUCCGCUCUCUCCGACCCCUAGCCGCCGUCGCCUACUUCCCUACCUUCAACUCCGCCUCCGCCUCGGUUCGCUGUCUGGCUACCCGGACGACUUCGUCCUCGCUUAACGACCCCAGCCCUAACUGGUCCAACAGGCCCCCGAAGGAGACGAUUCUGUUAGAUGGCUGCGAUUUCGAGCACUGGCUCGUGGUGAUGGAGAAGCCGGAGGGGGACCCUACUAGGGAUGAUAUCAUCGACAGCUACAUCAAAACCCUAGCUCAGGUCGUCGGCAGCGAGGAAGAAGCUAGAAUGAAAAUCUACUCUGUUUCAACCAGACACUAUUUUGCAUUUGGGGCUCUGGUCUCCGAGGAACUUUCGUACAAGUUGAAAGAGCUGCCACGAGUGCGUUGGGUUCUCCCAGAUUCGUAUUUGGAUGUGAAGAAUAAAGACUAUGGAGGGGAGCCAUUUAUCAAUGGACAAGCUGUCCCCUAUGACCCUAAGUAUCAUGAGGAAUGGGUGAGAAAUAAUGCAAGGGCCAACGAGAGGAAUCGUCGCAAUGACAGACCACGCAACUUUGAUAGGUCAAGGAACUUUGAUAGGAGAAGAGAGAAUGUUGCGCAAAAUCGGGAUUUCCAGAACCAACAGGCGCCGCCUCCUGCCAUGGGUGGUCAAGGCAUGCAGAAUAUGGGUAGCCAAGGCAUGCCACAGCCGCCGCCACAGUAUCCUCAACAUAACAUGACAGGUCCAGGAGGUCCUCCACCACCGAACAACCAAAUGGCCCCUCCUCCACAUAACAUGGGAGGGCCAGGUGGUCCUCCACCGCCGAACAACCGAAUGGGGUCUCCUUUGCCGCCGCAAAACAACCAAAUGGGAGGAUGGCCUCAAAACAAUGUGGGAGGACACGGUAUGCCACCACCUCCACACAACCCCAUGGGUGGAGCUCCUCAGAAUACUUACGGCGGGAUGCCACAGACGAAUGCUGGAAGGAUUCCUCCGCCAAACAAUCCUGGAUGGUCGAAUGGGGGCCAGGGGAACUUUCAGGGUGGAAUGCCACGCAACAAUGCAGGUCCUCCUUACCAGGGUGAGCAACCAAACUACAACCCUGAUGGCUAUCCUCCAAACAGAGAUGGGAACGGCCCUCGCUACUGA